GAUUGCUAGGGGAAAAUGGUCAUUCUCAAGAUUUAAUUAUGAGCCUAUGAUUUUUCUACGUCACCGUCAUGGCCUAUAUGUCAGUCGGAUAUCAGUUACAUCAAGAUCCGUAUAACCUUAAUAUGUUUUAGAGAUUCUUGUUGUAAUUGAAAAGAAUCAAAGAAAAAGAUCAGUGGUUUGCAGAGGUUGAGGGAAAAAUUAACAAAAUGAUACUCUUUCUAAUCUUUGCAGCCUUUCCUAUCAUUCUUAUUUUCCUUCUUCUUAAAGCCAAAAAGGGUGGAAAAACUAAUCUGCUACCAGGUCCUAUAGGGCUUCCAUUCAUUGGAAAUUUGCAUCAAUAUGAUACUUUGAAAGGAAGAGAUUCAAUUUUCUUUUAGAAGAAUCUGGAGCAAUGAUGGCUAGUUUCUUUGUGUCUGAUUUUUUCCCUUCUUUAAGCUGGAUUGAUAAACUUACUGGAGUUACAGCUCGACUUGAGAAGAUUUUCAAUGAUUUGGAUGAGUUUUAUAAAGAACUCAUUGAGCAGCAUCUUAAUCCCAAUAGGCCAAAAUCCAUGGAAGGAGAUAUUCUUGAUAUUCUGCUCCAAUUGAAGAAAGAGAAAUCAACACCAAUUGAUCUCACUUUGGAGGAUAUAAAAGCACUUGUCAUGAAUGUGUUACUAGCAGGAUCAGACACUAGCGCAGCUGCAGUAGUAUGGACAAUGACAGCCCUCAUGAAGAAUCCAAAAGCUAUGAAGAAAGUCCAAGAAGAAAUCAGAAAAUCAGUUGGAAAGAAAAGCAAUAUUGUGACUGAAGAUGAUAUCCAAAAUCUUCCCUAUUUCAAAGCAGUGAUAAAGGAGUCUUUUAGAUUGUACCCACCAGUUCCAGUCCUACUGCCAAGAGAAUCAAUGGAAAAAUCCACACUAGAACAGUAUGAAAUUCAGCCGGGAACCAUAAUUCAUGUUAAUUCAUGGGCUAUACUAAGGGAUCCUGAAAUAUGGGAAAAUUCAGAACAAUUUAUAGCUGAAAGAUUCUUGAAUAGCAAUAUUGAUUUUAAGGGCCAUGACUUUGAUUAUAUUCCAUUUGGAGCUGGAAGAAGAGGAUGCCCAGGGAUAGCACUUGGAGUUGCAUCCAUGGAACUUGCAUUAUCAAAUCUUCUUUAUGCAUUUGAUUGGGAGUUACCUUGUGGGAUGAAAAAAGAGGACAUUGACACGGAUGUUAAGCCUGGAAUUACCAUGCAUAAGAAAAAUGAACUUUGCCUUAUCCCUAAAAAUUAUUUGUAGAUUUUCUACUCGAAUUAAGUAUAAUAACA